CAACAAAAUAUGUCAUCUCUUUCCCACUGAACCCUCCGCACGUGCCACUGCUUUCAUCCACACAUGGCGGCGACCUCGCCAGCUCCGAUGAAGGCCAUCGCCGCCGCGUUUACUCCGCCUCCGUUAUCUCAGAGGAUAACCCGUAUCUCUACCGUGUCUUCCGUCCGCCUUCAUCAAUGCCGCGCAGCUCACCGGUGGCGCCCUGUACAGUGCCGCGGGAAGCCGGCCGUCAGCGGCGUGGUCGAGGACGACGAGGAGGACACUUCGCGGGAGGCUUUAAAUCCUGAGGAAAAAGAGGAGGAGUCUGCGGGCGCGGGGAGCUGGGGGCUGGGGAGGUUCAGGCUUGAUGAGGUUGGGAUGGACAUCCUGGGCAUCGCCGUGCCCGCGGUGCUUGCACUCGCCGCUGACCCCAUCACGGCGCUCGUUGACACCGCCUUCGUCGGACAUAUCGGCUCGGUUGAACUUGCUGCUGUUGGUGUAUCCAUAUCUGUCUUCAACCUGGUGUCCAAGCUGUUUAAUGUGCCACUGCUUAAUGUCACCACAUCCUUUGUUGCUGAGCAGCAAGCAGUGGAUGCCAAGUAUAGCGGUGUAGGAGAAAGAGAUGAAGUGUCGAGCACCCGAGAGCAGGCGAGUGAAAAAAGGAAGUUUCUCCCAGCUGUGUCAACAUCCUUGGCUCUGGCUGCUGGAAUCGGGUUGAUGGAAAUGGUAGCACUUAUUGUUGGAUCUGGGACACUAAUGGACAUCGUUGGUAUACCUGUCGAUUCACCGAUGCGAGCACCGGCAGAACAAUUUCUUACUUUAAGGGCAUAUGGUGCUCCGCCAGUCGUAGUAGCACUUGCAGCACAAGGUGCAUUUCGUGGUUUCAUGGAUACAAAGACACCUUUGUAUGCUGUGGUUGCUGGCAACCUAGUAAAUGCAAUACUGGAUGCCAUAUUUAUCUUCCCACUUGGUCUAGGUGUAAGUGGCGCUGCAUUGGCAACUGUAACUUCUGAGUACUUGGCGGCAUUCAUCCUCCUAUGGAAGCUGAAUAACGAACUAGUUCUGUUCUCAUGGAAUGUCAUUGGCGGUGACAUUAUCCGCUACCUGAAAUCUGGUGCUUUGCUAAUUGCCAGGACCAUCGCUGUAAUCCUUCCAUUAUGGCUGUCGACAUCCCUGGCCGCAAGACAAGGGCCUGUUCCAAUGGCUGGCUAUGAGAUAAGCUUGCAAGUCUGGCUAACAAUUUCUCUACUUAAUGAUGCACUGGCUCUUGCUGGUCAGGCUCUACUUGCAAGUGAAUAUGCGAAAGGGAACUACAAGCAGGCCCGCUUGGUUUUGUACAGAGUUCUGCAGAUUGGAGGUGUCACUGGUCUUGCACUUGCUGCGACCUUGUUCCUUGGGUUUGGAUAUUUGACCUUGCUAUUUACAGAUGAUCCAGCAGUUCUAGAUAUUGCGCAGUCUGGAGUCUGGUUUGUCACUAUUACUCAGCCGAUAAAUGCUAUUGCUUUUGUGUUUGAUGGGCUCUACUACGGUGUUUCUGACUUCGGCUAUGCCGCAUACUCCACGCUUUUUGCCGGGGUCGUCUCCUCAGCCUUCCUCCUUGUCGUUGCUCCCAGCUUUGGUCUUGGUGGUGUAUGGGCUGGUCUUACUCUUUUUAUGGGUCUGCGAGCAAUUGCCGGGUUCUGGAGGUUAGGGAGCAAAGGUGGACCAUGGGAAAUAGUCUGGUCCAAGACUGAUUAAUAUACCAAGAACAUGUAGGAAGCAUUUUGAGGCAAUCACAGCGCAACAUUUUAAGGUCAUAGUCACAGUGCAUGACCGUGGAUGUUGAAUGAUUCGAUCUCAAACAGCGCAACAUUUUAAGGUAAUCGCACAAGGAUCAGCAGAAGGAAGAAAACCUUGGCAGAUAUGGCAAGUGAGGUCACAGUCAUGUAUAUAACACAAGAAGAGGGACUGUUUUAUCUCAAAAGGAAAAGAGACGAGGAGGGACUGCUUCUGCAGUAGGACAGAUGAGAGGCUGCAGAAGGUGGGUAGGUGUUCCCUCAAGGCCUCCUUUGGUUUGGAGGAAUUUCACAUGAAUUCUACAGGAUAGGAUUUUUGUAGGAAAUUUUCCUUUAGAGUCCUUUGGUUCAAAGGAAUGCAUUCCUAUUCCUAUAUAGGAUUGGUUCAUAUCCUCCACAUUUCAAAGGAAAAUAAAAAAGAGCCUAGACUCAAUGAAAAAAUUUCUAUGAUGUGAACCAAAUGAUAUCUCUUUUCCUUAUCCUACUCAUAGGAUUUGAGAUGCAUGCCAUCUCAUUUCCUAAAACUUUCCUAUUCCUAUGAUAAUCCUAUCCUAUGAACCAAAGGAGGCCUUGCUGUGUCUGCUGCAGGAUGUUGUUUCACCCUUCAACUGUACAAGGAAGCUGUGUACAAAAGUGCUAGAUACACAAAGGCCUCCCAUGUAUCUUUUCUUCCUUUGUGCCAGUAGGAGUGAAUUUACCAUAUUUCCUUCAGAUAUGCAAGUGCACAGAUGAUGUAGUGGUCAUUCUCUGUCAUUACUCUUGAGUAUGUACUAUGUCGAGUAAUAUUAUAUCGUUUGGAGCUUCCAAGAGAGCCAUUUAUUA